AUGUCCCGCUCAGGUCCAGAUAGUUUCCUCUAUCUACACGCCGAGCUCCUGCCUAAUAUCCGCCAAAUCACCCUCUACCUUUCCCUGCCCCAAAUCAGUGCACUAAAUAACGUCCGACCGACCAUACAGCUAUCAGAAUCCUGCAAGGCAGUCACAGUCUCGCUCUCCGAGCCUUACCAAGAUGUGUCAGAGACAAUCAAGCUCCCGGCACGCGUCAACGACGCGUCUCGCCGAGCAUUGAACACGAGCGCCAGCCCAACAAUCAUGCACAAUCCGUCCCAAUCCAAGGGUACCAGCCAUGACUACUCUUUUAGGAUGCAGAUCGAUGCCAAGGAGCCGGCUCUCGCACCUCGCGACGAAAUUAUGGAUGAUUACGUACCCUGGACAGCUGCGGAUAUGUCUUCCUCGACCCGUAUUCGUUGCCGAAAGUGUGGCGCGACCUUCCUCGAUCCAGCAAUGUCCGCAAAUAUACCGGAAGAAGAAGGGACUGAGAUUCCGGCUAAAUGGGACUGGAAAGAUUUACCAAGUGGGAAUUGGGCGGAGAUGAUGGACUUCUGGCACUGUCACAAGCCUGACCCCCACGAGGACGACCCAAAGUCCGAAGCCACAGCCGCUCUCAAGAUUGAGGAGCAAAGUGCCCAGAUUAAGGGAUACGGGGCAUCCAGUCGUGUUGAAGCGAUCCCUGCUACUGUCCUGAUCGACGUGGCUACUUUCCUACUGGCGGAGUCCGACUGUGUAGGCUUGCAAAAGAUGUCUGUGCAUAUCGCGUUCAGUCAGAUGGCAGCCAUUUCGGCUUUCGAGUCUACGGCUCUGGAAGGCAGAUAUCCUCUCUCGCUAGAUGGAUUUCGCCAACCUUUGCUGACAGACUUGGUAGCAUUUAUGGCUGCUGUCUCUGUUCGUUUUCUAAGCACACUCUUCGUUGUUGACGGCGGUCUGGAUUCUUUGGAACCUUCCCAGAACAGUGGGGCCGCCAUCGCUUUUGAGGAGGCACAUAAAACAAUAUGUCUAUACAGCAAUCAAGAGGAAGCCAAAUCCAGUACCGGGGUUUCAGAACGACGAACAUUAGAGUGCAUGAACUGCAGCACUAUUAUUGGCAUGGAAGAUUCGUCGGCCAAUGGAUGGCGACUACUCAAAGCAAAUGUUUCCUUGAACACAAAUCCCGCCCCUGUUCCAGACGAAGAAUGGCAAAGCCACCCCAAAGAGAUGAUUGUCGCGGCACAAUUGCUGGAGCUGAUCGAGCGUGAGAGCGCUCGAAGAUUCGUCGUUCAUUGCGGCCAAAAAAGUGGACUAUUGCUCUGGGUCUUCAACCCCAACCUACGCUAUUCGAAUUCCUCUUCCGGGUACAGUAUCAACGCCCAACAAGCCAUGAAAGUGUUCUAUCAGAACGUUGAUGACGUGGACAAACUCCUCAACCCAGAACUUGGAAAAGUCAGCCCAUUAUCGGUGGAAGAGCUCGAAUUGCCCUCUUCGAUUCUACAAUCCUUAUCCUCCUCCCUCGAAAAAAGCAACAACAUGCUUCCUGUUUCAGCGAGAAGGUUUAACGAAUGGCACGUCGGCUUGUUGAGCCGAUUCAGCCGUGAGCAAACGGCCACCUCUGCCUCUGCUUCGAUCUGA